CUGCUGUAGUGCAGAAGACGACAUAUUAUAAUAAAAUGUUGGACGGGUACUUGGUGGUGACUAUCUCGGCAGGCCUUUACUUUUCGAUUUUUGAAGGCAUCGUUUGUGGCAACCACGAAGUUAUGACUGUCUCUGGGCCGACCCCCUUAAAGUCGCGACGAAUUGCUGGGAAUUUUAGUGGUGACUCUACGAGGAGUCGACGGUUUGUGGUGGUUAAUGGCGACGGCGUGCCCGACUACGACGGCGCGGACGACGAUGACGACAACGUCGUAUACGACUACGAUGACGGUAGUGGUGACCAUGACCAUGGCUAUGACCACGACUACCACGACUUCGAGCACGACGACGACGACUACGACGACGACGAUUUCAACGGUCCCGGUUACCACCAUCACGUGUGGUGGCACCACUACUACCACCACGGCGAACCACACCUACCAUUCCCACUGUUUCCACCAAUCUUCGUGUACAGACGACCAGUCCAUCGCCGGUGCGAUCAUUGGCCGUUCGUGUGCAGGAGCACUUAUGAAAUGAUCCAGUGGCUUCAAUGUUAUCACGAAUUUCUCGCCGGAUCGGAAGUCCACGACGGGGAUGGCUUGCAUGGUCUGGUCAAGGUGACCACCCACGCAUGGAGGAAGUAA